GGCGGGCGGCCGGCCGGCGGGUUCUGCGUUCCGCGGCCGCGGCAGGCGACGGCGACAUGGAGAGCGGGGCCUAUGGCGCGGCCAAGGCGGGCGGCUCCUUCGACCUGCGGCGCUUCUUGACUCAGCCGCAGGUGGUGGUGCGCGCCGUGUGCAUGGUCUUUGCCUUGAUCGUGUUCUCCUGCAUCUUCGGUGAGGGCUACAGCAACACACCCAGUUCUGAGCAGUUGUACUGUGUGUUCAACCACAAUGAAGAUGCCUGCCGAUAUGGCUCCGCCAUUGGGGUGCUGGCUUUUCUGGCCUCAGGCUUCUUCUUCGUAGUGGACAUCUAUUUCCCCCAGAUCAGCAACGCCACGGACCGCAAGUACCUGGUCAUUGGUGACCUGCUCUUCUCAGCUCUCUGGACCUUCCUGUGGUUUGUUGGCUUUUGCUUCCUUACCAACCAGUGGGCAGCCACCAGUCCUGAUCAGGUGCUGGUGGGAGCUGACUCAGCACGGGCAGCCAUCACCUUCAGUUUCUUCUCCAUCUUCUCUUGGGGCACACUGGCCUCCCUGGCCUACCAGCGCUACAAGGCUGGAGUGGAUGACUUCCUCCAGAACUACGUGGACCCCACCCCGGACCCCACCACAGCCUAUGCCUCCUACCCCAGUGCGUCGGUGGACAACUACCAGCAGCCGCCCUUCACCCAGAACACAGAUGCCACUGAGGGCUACCAACCACCCCCUGUGUACUGAGUGGCACUGCAGGGCAGGGCAGGGCAGGGCGCCCUGUUCCUCUGGGCCUCCCCACAAGGCCCCCUGGAGCCACAGCCCCCUUCCUGUCCCUGCUGACGCCUGGAGUGCCUCAGCCUUCCUCUGCCCAGCAGCACCCAGGUGCCUGCUUCGGAAGGCACUUCAGUCACACACAUUCUUCAAGGGCAUUUUUGAGGAAAGGUUAGCUAGAUGUUUUUUUAUUGCUUUUUUUCUCCUCCCUCGGUGCUGGGGAUGGAACCUAGGGCCUCGCACAUACUAGGUGGGUGUUCUGCCGCUGAGCUGCACCCCAGGUCCUGUGCUGCCUGAAGUGGCCAGGUGCAGACAGGUGCCCACGAUGUGCUGUUCUGGCAAGUGCCUUAGCGUCAGCCUCACAAGGACAGCUGGUUAGCUGGGCUUUCUGCCAAAGAUGGGGGUCAGGGCCUCAUCCUUGGCUCUUGUCAGGGCUCGGCUGGGGCCCCCAGCUCCUCACUCAGGUCUGCCACCUCCACCUCUGUGCCUUCAGCCCCCCGCCAUGCCCUACUCAGCCUGGGCUUGUGCCGUGUCCCCUGAGGGUCUCCACCUCUGUGCCAAUCACUUCCAGGCUGGCUUCCCAACAGCCGCAGAUAUGGGGCUGGUGCCUGCCUGGGGGUCCUAUGGCACUUUGUUGUUGCUCCUUCCCUGGCGGUGGGGCAGGGCUUUGCCUGACUGAACACCCAGCUUUAUGUAAAUAUUCUGCCACUUUGGUUACAAGUAUAGGGGAGAGCCACAGUCCUCAGACUGAAUGUAUUAAAAAGCCUCAGGGGGAGAUGCCCCUUGCCCUUGGAUUGUUAGACUAGUUUGGAGAUGGAAUAAAUGUUUUUCUCAGUU